AUGAUGGUGCUUGCUGAAGAGGACAACCUCGUUGCCCGAACGGCUGCGUGCGGGAGCGGCGGGGGUGGGGGUGGGAGAACAGAGUGCUUCGAGCCCGCCUUGCUCCCAGCAUCACCGGAUGGCGGCGAUAUAUGGGGGGGCCCGCUGGAGCCGUCGGCGCUGGGCGGGCUUCCGAUCCUUGUGCUCUGCGUGCUGGGGCUGGUCAGCGUGGCGUGGACGGCCUUCGGCGCGGCGACAUCUUCCGGCAGGGAGCCCAAUAGCAACAAGGAGGCCCGAGUCGUGCCGCCAUCGCGAAGCGGGGAGAGAAGCGCCUCGGCGCCAAAGCCGCCGGCACCGGCACCGGCACCGCCGCCGCCGCUGCCGCCGCCGUCCCCGCCGUCAGGUGGGCUGACGGCGGUGGAACCGCCGGGGUCGGCAGAGGCAACGCCCCCGGCGCGUGGUGACGACAAUCACGGCAUCUUCGACGAGGGAGAGCACUCGGCGAAGGUCUCGUCGUCGUUUGGAAGGCGUUUGUCGAGACCCGAUUCGACCGCCGCAGGCUGCGGCGAUCGCGCUCGCAUGGAGCCUGGAGGCUCGGCCGGAAACGGUGGUGUGGGGAUGUUCUUCAACGGUAGCACCGGCCGCGAGGGCGGGGCGAGAGUCGGCGUUGAUAGCCUUGGAGGACGGGUGGGUGCGGCGGGUAGAGGAAGACGACCGUCCGUGAGCGGUAUCCUCGACGACGACGGGGACGGGGACGGCGACAGCUCUACCUGCGGGGAGAACGGGUGGGACCCCGACGGAUGGAGAGAGGGGGAGGACUCCUGGCGAACCUCGUCAUUCGCAUCGUCCUCGGUCGCCGACGCUAGCCUCCUAGAGGACGCGGCCGCUGCCGCCGAUAGGGACGGGGCGGCGGCGGCGGCGGCAAGGCGGGCGGAGGCCAAGGCAACGCACGACGGCGUUGGGCUUGUCGCCGCUGCCGACUCGAAAUUAGAGCAGCGGCACGCGACGGGAACAACGGAACCGAGAAGUCCUGCUGGAGCGGAGGUGGCAGCGGCGGGGAAGAAGAACGAGGGUAAGCCGGGAGGCGGCGCAGAAUCUCUCGCGGCGGAGAGAGAAGAGAAGGAGAAGGAAGAGGAAGAGCGGCGGUUUCUGGCGACCGUGAGGGGACUCCUCGUGGAGCUCGAGGAGGACUUGGACGCGGCGCGAGUCCUCCUGCCGGAGUGCAACCGCUUCCGCAAGGUCGUUCGUUGCGUGGCCGAGUCGGCGAUGGGCCUGAUAGAGGCCUUGCGGGAGGCGACCGAGUUCAGCCGCACCCUUUCGUCUCCGGAGGCGUUUCUUGUUAUCAUGGCGGAGCUGCUAAUGGAUGGCUUCGAGGACCCACCGGCAAUGCUCGGGUACUGCACUCGGCGGCUCUGCUGCGUGGUCUCCGCGCUCCCAGAACCCUCUUCCUCCUCCGCCUCCCGGGCGGUCGCCGCUCGGUCUCAGCUGUGCUCGCUUGCCAAGGGAGGCCCCGCCGCUAGCGGUGUGGGGGGGGGAGGCUCCUCCUCCGGCUCGACCAGGUCGUCCUUAGCCUCGUCCACGACUCUUGCCGCCGCCGCCGCUGCCGCGGCUACGGUGGCGGCGGCGGCAGCGGCGGCGGCGGCGGUGUUGACCCCCGAGCCGCCGCCUACCGCCGCCUCGCCGACCUCCACGGCGACUGUUGGGGUGACCCCGGUGUCGGUGUCGGCCACAUGGGCGCCGCAAGACCGGCCUUCGUUGUUGGUUAGAGCGACGGCGGUGGGUGCGGGUGAAUCCGGCGAGAGUGAUGGUCGCGAAGAGGGAGGGUGGCGAGCGGGCGAGACAGACGGGGGUGCUACUGCAGCAGCAGCAGCAGCAACCCCCGCGAGGGGGGUAGCGGCGACUGCCGAGCAGCCCGCGGCAGUCGACGGCGGCGACGAGGACGGCCCCGGUGGCAGGGCAGGCACGAGCGGGGACUGCGCCAAGGGGGACCUCGACAGCAACCCUGGCCUCCGGAGCAGCCGCAUGGGGCCGGCGCUCACGAGCGAGGCCGCCGGGCUCAGCGAGCUCAUCCGGUGGACUCCACGUCCGGCCAGGCAGCAGCUCUGCCUUGGCCCUCACCACAAGACGCGAACGGCGUUUACCAGAAGCUGGCCAAGCGGGUGGAGGCGAGGAUCGAGGCGAUGGGUACCAUUCGCGUCGCCGAACCCGACCCCGGCCAGCGAACGCCGCCGGGUCCGAAGCGCAAAGACGUUCCUGUUCUCCAUCACCGCCGGACGAAACGGAACAUACACAACUUUCGUCGCCGGUAACGGCGGCGGUGGCGGCGGCGGCGGCGGCGGCAGCGGGGGCGUUUCUGGCGCAAGCCGCCGCCCUGCUGCCGCGCCCGCCGUAGCACCGCGCAGAGGGGUCUCGAACCGAUGUCGUAGCAGCAGCAGCGCAGAGGAGGAUUGUGCUCGAUACCGCUACCACCCGACGAGCCUGGAAGAGCAGCUGUACGCCGGUCUGGGCGCUCUUCUGGAGGCUGCCAAAAGGCUCGUACCCGGGGCCAGGGAAGGAGGUGCGGCGGUCAACGCCGUGGGGGAGACCGCGGUUCUUACCCUCAAGGGAGGGUGCGCGCUAAACCGCGCCGCGUCUGUGGGGGACACGAGCCUCUCGACGAUCCCUCGGAGGGCGAGCAUGUGCCAGCACGCCGUCUGCGCCCCGCGGCUGGGACGGAAAAGCCUCGACGCCGGCGUUCGUUACGAAGACGGAGUCUUGCUCGUACCGGAUUGCCGCAAGCUCAGGCAAGAGAUCGUCCGCAGCACGUGCAUGGACCCUGCGGGUAGCGUCCGACCGGACUACGUGGCCUACGUCGGCGCCCCUAUCUACGUGGACGGGGCCCCCUUGGGAACGUUCUGCGUGUUCUCGCGGCGCACUCUGAAGGACCUCGGGUGGACCGCGCACCACACGGUAGUUCUCAGGGGUCUCGCCGACGCCGCUGCUACGGAGAUGGUACGCCUCUGCAGAAUGGCGGAGCUGGAGGACAGGCAAGAGCAGCAGAGGCACCGCAGGCGACGGGAGUCGCCGGCACCUGGGUUCAGAUCUCACACUUCCGCUCCCGCAGCACGGACGAUGACGUCUCGCCAGGCUAACGGCGGUGAUGCCGUUAGCCCUUCCAGGGGAGGGGGCUCUUCACGCUUAUCGUCACGCUCUGCGCCACCACCUGAUGCCGCAGCAGAGCUACGGCGGGGAGGGGAGGAGUCUUCCUUAACGGAAGGGUCGAACCCCCCGGCGGCGGCGGCGGCGGCGGGGUCGAGCGAAAGAGAGACAGUAACGGGGGGCGAACUUUCUGGCAGCGGUGAUGGGAGCACUUCUACCGGAGGCGGCCGGUAUGUUCCCUCGCGGGCGCCGCUGGACCACCGCCACGGCGUGCUGCUGUUGGACGGCCUCGUGCGGGCGGCGUCCAGCAGCCCGCCCCGCGGCGGCGGUGCGCGGCGUUCCAUGAGCGAGGAGGUCGUGGUCGGGGGGGGUUCUUCGGGGACCUUUCGUCCCCCCCCGGUCCUGGCGCGGAGACAUUCGGGAGACUCGGGGGCAGCGGGGGGGCAGGAGGCGGCGGUGGCCGCCGCCGCGGCCAUGGCGCUUGCGGCGGCGGCGGCGGAGUCGCCGAGGGGGGGCGGCGCCAAGAAGAGGUGGAGCCGCGCGCUUCGGAAGCUGAGGCUACGGCCAAGAUCAACGCUCACACCGUUUCUGCCGGGUACAUAG